AUGCCUCCGGUGAAUGAAUGGCUUGGAGCCUUUGGUCCCACCCCAGGUCCCUUGGCCCUCCCCUCCCACAUGGGCCAUCUACUUGGGACGCCUAUCACUAUUGGAUUGAAAGGUAACUACGUCAAUGAGCCCGACGGCCCAAGACGUGCCUUUGUCAGUAGAGGCCUGAACUCUUCCGUCGUACUCAUCCUCACUUGGCCCCUUCGCAUUUGUAUCAUGCUCGCCGCACCAACGACUUCACCAGCUCCGAGUCAUCGGAUCGGCCCCUCUCUAUCCCUUCUCAAUUUAUCGGCCUGUGAGCAAGGGACCUUCGGCGCCUCCACUGACAAUCGUCUGAUCCUCAAACUGCACUGCACUGCGGAUCCUAAGAGGAAGCCAAGCCGUCCGGUCUCUCUUACUUCGUACGUCCUGGCGGCCUCUCUCCCGAACCUCAAACCAACACACCGCUCAUCGCCCAUCAAUCCCAAGUUGAUUGAAAUGGCGGGGGCUCGGACAAGAUCUCCUGCGCCUGCGCCCAUUUCAAUUUAUGCUUCAGAAUUCCUGAAUCCUGACCGACUCGCAGUGAGUCAAGCCAGCUUCAAAGGCCCCCGUAACGCGCCAAAGAGGUUAGCUGCUGAACCUUGGGGCGUGGAAAAGCCUCGUCCGAAGUUGACAGCUCCUGUACCGUUUGUUUGCCGAAGAAACAAAGGAACCUGGGUCAACGGUCAACCCGAGUUUCACUUUGAGAUCAGUUCCAUUCCCCAACACUGGUUGCGAAAAUCGAAUAUCCGGCAUCCCGGCCCGAAUCUUCUCCUUCCACCACGACGAGCUUUCUGGACAAGACUUUUGAACGACCACCGAAUCCGACCGGAAAAGGAAAAUUUGAUUGCAAAUUCUCUUGCGGCGCAUCAUGAGAAGAAGAAGCGCUUCCGCUCAGAAUUUAGAUCAUUAGAUGCCCGGAACCAACAAACACUGGGCGAACGAUUCAGUGAACUGAGUCCUGAGCCGUGCCUUGUAUCCCCGCCAUUCGCCGCCGCCGCCGAGCACGGUGGAACAUCGCCAGAAGCUUCCGCCUCAAAACUGGUCACCGAUAUAUUUGUGUCUGAGCCUCCCGAUCACGGCACUUCCAGCUCUAAAGUACUUUGGAUCGAAAGGUACUCUGGUUCGGAAUACCAGAAGCAGCCUCGGCUGAAGACCCUUUAA